AUGGUUACUGUGGCUGUAACCUCUCAGAGAGAAGCUGUGAAGCUCUGUCCUCAGUUCUCAGCCCCCAGUCCUCUUAGAUCUGAGGGAGAGCUGGACCUGAUAACAACAACUGCGGAUUCAGUCAUCAAGCUGCUGUCUGCCGGACUUCCAGAGUCCCAUUGUACAUUGGAAACUCUCAGACUGAGUGGCUGUAACCUCUCAGAGAGAAGCUGUGAAGCUCUGUCCUCAGUUCUCAGCUCCCAGUCCUCUAGUCUGAGAGAGCUGGACCUGAGUAACAACAACCUGCAGGAUUCAGGACUGAAGCUUCUGUCUGCUGGACUGGAGAGUCCACAUUGUACACUGGAAACUCUCAGGUCAGAUCAAGUCACAUUUAUGUUAUAUCUCUAAAUUUUCAUGUCAAGA